UUUUUCGACAAUGGCGGAAUAACUUAUCCAGGGAUAACUUGUUCCCAACGGAACAAAUUCGUUAGCUUUAGAGUCAGUGAGUUGAGAAUGAAUACAACCAAGCACGAAUUGCUUAAUAGUUUAUACAUAGUUAACUGAAAGGAUACUCUUUCCAAGAUAUAGCUGCACUUCUAUAUAACUACAUAAACACAACAGAAAGGAGUAAACAGAAGAAACUAACUUUAUCUCCUGAGCAUGUCUAAGUCUCAAACUUCUGUAAAACUUCCCAUUUUCGACAUUUCGAGGCCAUUGAGUUCAUCAAAUUCCCUCAAGUCCCUUUCUUUAGCUUGUAAAGAAUGGGGCUUUUUUCACAUCAGUAACCAUGGAAUUCCUAGAGAUUUAUGUAAACAACUUCGUUUCCUUUCUAACCAAAUUUUCGAUCUCCCGUGUGAUGUAAAGCUCAAUGCUGGACCUUUAUCAAAUAUAAGAACCUAUACUCCUCACUUCAUUGCUUCCCCUUUCUUUGAAAGCCUCAGAGUGUCUGGACCUGACUUCUUUGCUUCUGCACAGAGUACUUCCCAAGCCCUGAUCAACCAGCCAAUUCCAGAAUUCAGUCAUGCAAUGGAGGUAUAUGGGAGAAAAAUGGUAGAAGUGUCCAAAAGCAUUGUUGAGGUCAUACUGAUGAGCUUAGGUCCUGAAUUUGAGCGAAAAUUCGCAUCGGAAUUCAAGAACUGUCAUGGCUAUCUAAGAGUAAACAGCUAUACUCCACCCGAAAGCACUGACGAUGUACAAGAAGAAGAAGAAGUUGAAGGGCUAGGGAUGCACACUGAUAUGAGCUGCAUAACAAUAGUAUAUCAAGAUGAAGUUGGUGGACUUCAAGUGAGAUCCAAAGAAGGCAAGUGGAUGGAUAUUGAUCCUUGCCAAGACACACUUGUUGUGAAUAUUGGAGAUCUAUUGCAGGCUUGGAGUAAUGGGAAAUUGAGGUCAUCUGAACACAGAGUUGUUUUGAAAGAGCCUGUGAGUCGAUUUUCCAUCGCGUUCUUUUGGUGCUUUGAAGAUGAGAAACUGAUUGUUGCACCACAAGAGAUUGUGGGGAAGGGAAAUUUGAAGGUCUAUAAACCUUUUGUUUGUGCUGAUUAUUUGAAGUUUAGAGAAAGCAAUGAGAAAGGCAAGUUUGAGAAAGUUGGUUUCACUGUCAAACAUUUUGCAGCUAAAUAGUAGUCUUGGUUACUUGAUUUGUAGCAUUUUCUUUUGUAUUAGUGAGGUUAAAAACAAUUAUACUAUUUUGGUAAUGGAAGUUGUUUGUUGUCCUAGUUAUGAAUACUAUAUACAGAU